AUGGUGGAGGAUUCCUGGGUGGAUGGCGCUUGGGUGGAUUUCUGGGGCUACCACUCCAAGGCUACUGAGGCCGCCUACCAGUCCGGAGCUAAGUGGUUUCAGUUUCAGACCGACUACUACUUCGACCACGACGUCACCGUGGUUUUCGGCACAGGGGGCUACGACGGCGACGAGCAUUGCCAGUACUAUAGUAAUGGGACCUACCGACGCGUGCGCAGGGUGAAGAUCCUCAUGUGCCAGAUAGCGCGGUUAGACAAUCAGGUCGUGUUCGUAGGCGGCCAGGUGGUGAAGCACGCUUGCAACCUGUUGCAGGUGAUGGGACUUUCCUCCGGAGAGAACGAGUACUGCGCGAUCAGCGCCGGAGCGUGUGCCGGGUUAGGCAUCCAAGGCUUGUUGGAGGACUGGCAGGUCCCUUCGAAAGUCAAGGCGGUGUCGGACUCUUCCGCGGCGCGCGGCUUUGCGUCGCGCCGAGGCGUUGGGAAGCUGAAGCACGUUCAGACCUGCUGCGCGUGGGUGCGGGAGAGGAUCGUCAUGCAGCACCUGGAGUUGGGCAAGAUCGGCACGGCCGACAACACGAGCGACCUAUUGACGAAGCCAUUAGGUCGUAAGGAGAUUGAUGUCCACAUGAAGGGUAUCAACCAGGAGUGCAGGAGCGGUAGACCGGCGAAGGGGCUGCUUCUGAAAUAG